UGGGUUAUUUUUCUUAUUUAUUUUUACGCUCCUGGCCUCCUUACCGGGUCAUGGCACAGGAGGUGGGAUUUUAUACUAGCUGGGUCCCUGGCAGGGGGAUAACGCUCCCCGGGAUGUGUUGCCGCUCCGAUUUUGGCAUUAGGGUACUGCUGAGAGGGAGGCUGGGGUGUGUCUGUUAGUGUACAACAGUGGUUUCAGGGUGAGCUGGGUGGUGCCGCAGUGGCACCUGGACUUUGCUCCAUGCCAGGGGACAGUUGCAGCUGUGAAUACACAGGAUAGGGGGAGCAGUGCCAAAACCCAGCUUUAAAAUUAAAUUGGGUCAAAUCUUGUAAAUUUUGGUAGUUUAGGGCUCUCAAGGAGGUCAGUCGAACCCAAUGUGCCCUUCAUCCCCACCGGUUUUCCCCGGUCGCUCAGCCAAGGCAAACAUGAGCUCAGCGCUGAGGUAUUUGCGCUGCUCUGUGCCCAUGUUUCGGAGGUGGGCAGGGAGGUGGCACCAGCAGGACCCGGCACCUGCACCGAACAGCCUCACCUAGACAUGUCUUCCCUAUUUCCUCCUCACCUUUCUCACACCGUGACUAAAAUUCCUCGUCACUGGAGAUAGGACCCUUCAAGCCCCCGCCUUUGAUUACUCAAGUAGGCAACAAAAAUAAUGAAGGAAUGUUUAACCUGAGUUCAAGCUUUCUCACAGCCUGGCUGCAGACUUGGGACAGCUGGAGCACAGGAUGGAGGGGCUGCAACCACAUGGGUGAGGCAGCCUGUCCUGCAAUGACUCAGUGCACCUGAAGCCCAGCAGUCGUGGGGAUGGAGCUGAAGGUCUGGGUGGAUGGGAUCCAGAGGGUUGUGUGCGGUGUCUCAGAGCAAACUACCUGCCAAGAAGUGGUCAUUGCCCUGGCACGGGCCAUCGGUCAGACAGGCCGCUAUGUGCUGGUGCAGAAGCUGCGGGAGAAGGAGCGGCAGCUGCUGCCGCUGGAGUGCCCCCUGGAGUCCCUGGCCAAGUGUGGACAGUAUGCCAACGAUGUGCAGUUCAUCCUGCGGCGGACAGGCCCCAGCAUGACCGAGCGGCCCUCCUCAGAGGGCGCUCCGCAAGCUCCCGAGAGGACGUUCAUCCGGGCCAGUUUGCCCAUCAAGCCCAGGCUCGCCAGCAUGGAUGCACCCCGUUCUCGGGAGCCAAAAAAAUCCAUGACCUUCAACUUGGGUCCUACAGGCUCCAGUGACCCGUUCACUGUGAGCCGAUGGAGGCACCAAACACGGGAAGGGAUCGACUUAGAGGGUGGUGGGAUUGUCCAACCCUCCAAAGAGGAGCUGUUUAGGAGGGUGCUGCAGCAGCAGGAGCAACUGCAUUCCUUGGAGGCCCAUGGGGACACCCUGGAAAUGGACCUACGGCUCUGGGAGCGCAGCCGGCUUGCCGGCCAGGAGAAUGAGAUCCUCUAUCUGGAGCAACUGGUGCGAAGGAAUGAGACAGAGCUGGGCGAGGAGGAAUUUUGGCAGAGCGAGCUCCGGCUGGAAAAGGAGUGUGAGCGAGAGCGGCAGGAGCGGGUUAGAAGCCUGCGGGCCAGCCUGGAGGAGUACACCCAGAGGAUCUUUGAGCUGAGUGCGCGGACUGAAGCCCUGCAGGAGGAGAUCCAGUGGGAGAUGGCUGAGAGGGCCAAGAGGGGGAAGGAGAUCUCUCUACCCAGCCCCAUAGAGCUGGAGGACAUGGCCACCAAAAUGAAAAGGGACCUGGAGGCCAAGGUCAAGCAAGGCACCCAGCUGGAGAGCAACCUGGCCAGUGUGGAGAAGGCCCUGGAGGAAGCUGAAAAGAACUUGCAGGCCCAGACCCAAGAGCUGGAGGAGUUAAAUAAGGAGCUGAGGCAGUGUAAUUUGCAGCAGUUUAUUCAGCAGACGGGGGCCACGGUGACUGUCCUGCAGGCCAGGUCUGAGGAGGAUGCCCAGCCGGAGCCGAGCCCGUGCGAGCUGCCAGCCUACCGGAGAAACGGAGGUUUUCCUCCCACCGCUGGUACCGACUCGCCUCCCCGAGUCAGCACCAAGCAGCUCCUCAGCCAUCCCAGGACCCUGCCGGAGCCCCUGGUGUCCAGCCUGAAUCCCGAGGUUGUAUCAACCAGGCAGAGCAUCUGGAGGUAGAAGGGCCCGGGCAGUGGAGGAUCAAUUGCCUUGCAAGUGUAACUGUAUAAAUAAACCAUAUUAUAUAUAUA